CUGGUUCCCACGCUCGCCUUCGCCCACUUCCGAUUCAGGUCCCGGAGAGGCGCCAGGAAGGGGCAAAAGUUAGCGGGGUCCCUGCGGGGACCCGGGACCAAUGGAGCGUCCCUUUGGGAUGCAACUAGGUCCAGGAACGCACCCCUAGCGCGCUCCCUCCGAUGCGGAGAGGCUGAAACUACAACUCCCAACAUGCCUCGCGGCGGGUGGCUGAUUCCCGUGCGGCUGGUCGCCCAGAGCGCCGAUGGGAGUUGUAGUUCUUUGUUGUUGGGAGGACUCAAUGAUUGCAUGGGGUGGGCGUCGGGAACUGGGACGCUUGGGUGCCUUCUCAGAAAGGACCUUAGGAUCCCACAGCCAUGUUCCCGGAGCCCCCAACCCUGGGACCUCCAGCGACCGAUGCGCCUCCGGACUCCAGUCGCAUCAGCCACCGCCCAGGUGCAGCCGGAAGUGGAAGAGCUGGAGCCGGCACUAUCCGGGCCAGGGCAGCAGGUCACAGAGAAGCACGAGCUGGGACGCCUGCAGUACUCACUGGACUAUGAUUUCCAGAGUGGCCAGCUGCUGGUAGGCAUCCUGCAAGCCGAGGGCUUGGCAGCCUUGGACCUGGGUGGCUCUUCGGACCCCUAUGUGCGAGUUUACCUGCUGCCAGACAAGCGGAGGCGGCAUGAGACUAAGGUGCAUCGGCAGACGCUGAACCCACACUUUGGGGAGACCUUUGCCUUCAAGGUCCCCUACGUGGAGCUGGGAGGCCGGGUACUGGUCUUGGCGGUGUACGACUUCGACCGCUUCUCCCGCAACGACGCCAUCGGGGAGGUGCGGGUCCCCAUGAGCUCCGUGGACUUGGGGAGGCCGGUGCUGGCCUGGCGGGAGCUGCAGGCGGCUCCGCGGGAGGAGGAGAAACUAGGGGACAUCUGCUUCUCCCUCCGCUAUGUCCCCACCGCCGGGAAGCUCACCGUCAUCGUGCUGGAGGCUAAACACCUGAAGAAGAUGGACGUGGGAGGGCUGUCAGACCCCUACGUCAAGGUUCACCUGCUGCAGGGCGGCAAGAAGGUGCGGAAAAAAAAAACAACCAUCAAGAAGAACACGCUGAACCCCUAUUACAACGAGGCCUUCAGCUUCGAGGUGCCCUGUGACCAGGUCCAGAAGGUCCAGGUGGAGCUGACUGUGCUGGACUAUGACAAGCUGGGCAAGAACGAAGCCAUCGGGAGGGUGGCGGUAGGGGCAGCGGUCGGCGGGGCGGGCCUGCGGCACUGGGCAGACAUGCUGGCCAACCCUCGGCGGCCCAUCGCCCAGUGGCACUCACUGCGGCCCCCUGACCGAGCGAGGCCACUGCCUGUGCCCUGACCCCCUCAAAGCCCCUGACCCCAGACGCCUGGCCAAAGCUCUGCCCAGGCCCACCUUUAAGCCUCUCUGAG